AUGAGUUCCACCUCCACCUCGUCCACUAAUCGCUUCAAAACGUUAGUUCAAAUGUAUGAAAAGACUGCAAAUCGACAGCUCGGUGAGCUUAGAGCACUGCAGCGAAUUGCGUUACAAGGAGGGAUAAGAGAUACUCCGGCACUCAGAGAGUCGAUAGCCACGUAUGAGAAAGAUCUGGAAGAUGGGCUACGUGGAAUUUUGACAGUACGUGGAGAAAUGACGGAUUCGAAUCAGGAGCAUGAAUUUGAUUCGAUUAUUGAGCCAAUAAGGCAACAAAUCAAGACAUUGUCAAAUGUUACAAAAACCCUGAAUCCUCUACGCUCUCCCGGUGCCAAUCCCUUCGAACAAGAUAUAGAAGACGACAAUCCUUACGAAAUGGAAUCUAGACGAUAUCUCCGAGAGACGACACUAAAAGAUAACGAACUCCGACAACUGGCUGUAGAUGUGAAAGAACGAGCCGAGGCAACAGCAAAAGUGGAGAAAGAUAUGGCAGAUUUAGAAAAAAUAUUUCAAGAAUUGGGACGGAUUGUUCAUGAACAGCACGAUGUUGUGGAUUCGAUUGAAGAACAAAUCGAACGAGCAACUGAGGAUGUGAAGAGAGGAAAUGAGAAUUUGAGGAAGGCGGUGAAAUCAAAAGCAGCGAAGGCACCAAUUUAUGCGGGAGUUGUUGGUGGACUCGCUGUCGGAGGACCUGUUGGAUUGGCGGCCGGCUCGGCGAUUGCUGGAAUUGCAGCAGGUGUCGGAGGACUUGUAGCCGGGAUUUACACUGGCAGAUUCUUCAAAAGAUCGGCGACAAAAGGAUUCUCAAAAAAGGAUAAUUUUCAGAUGGCAGUUCUAAUCGAAACCACUCUUGGCGACCUAAUUAUCGAUUUAUUUGUGAAAGAACGUCCUCGAUGCUCACUAAACUUUCUCAAAUUAUGCAAAAAGAAAUACUAUAACUUGAAUCAAUUCCAUAGUAUCGAGAGAAAUUACGUGGCACAAACAGGAGAUCCAUCUGGAACUGGAAAGGGAGGAGAAUCGAUUUACAGUGAUAUGUAUGGAGAUCAAGGAAGAUAUUUCGAGAGAGAAGAUCUUCCGAAAAUGCGACAUACUCGAAUGGGAAUCGUUUCGUUUGUUAACAACGGAGACAAUAUGUUGGGAAGUCAAUUCUUCAUUACUCUUGGAGAGAAUUUGGAUUAUUUGGAUGAUCAACACACGAUUUUCGGACAAGUUACGGAGGGAUUGGAGACGUUGGAGAAGCUGAAUGAGCAGUUGACUGAUACGAAUAAUAAACCGUUUAGGGAUAUUAGAAUCUCCCACACCAUCGUCCUCGACGAUCCAUUCGACGAUGACUCCAGAAUCUCCUAUCCACCUCGAUCUCCGUCACCAACCUACGACAUGCUUGUGAAGACUGAUCAAAUUGCUCUCGACGAGAAAGAAGACGAAGAUGAGGGUAAGACGGCUGAAGAGAUUGCAGAAGAGCUCCGUCAACGAGAAAUGGCCGAACAGGCGCAGAUUCUUGAGAUGGUCGGAGAUUUGAAAGAUGCAGAUGAGGUUCCGCCGGAGAAUGUGUUGUUUGUAUGCAAGCUGAAUCCAGUCACAACGGACGAAGAUCUGGAAAUUAUUUUCUCGAGAUUCGGAAAAAUUAAUAACUGUGAGAUCGUCCGAGACCGUCGAAGUGGAGACUCCCUUCAAUACGCAUUCAUCGAAUUUGACAACGAGAAAAGCUGUGAGCAAGCAUUCUUCAAAAUGGACAACGUGCUCAUCGAUGAUCGACGAAUUCAUGUUGAUUUCUCACAAUCUGUGUCACAAAAUUAUAAAUAUAAACCCAAAUCAAAAAAUGUCGAGGAACCACCAAGAAGACGGCCACAAUCACCACCACGACGACCAGAAAUCAAGAGAAGUCAUCAGAAGAGUCCGUCUCCAAGAAGACAUCGUCGUUCGCCGUCACCGAAAAGAGACAAACGGAGAGAUGAUAGAAGGGACAAUGAGCGACGUAGAAGAAGUCCAGACAACCACCGUGAUAGGGAUCGUGACCGUCGUGACAGAGACAGUGAUCGUGGACAUCGAGACCGUGAUCGAGACAAUCGUCGUGAAAAUCACCGGGAUUCUGACAGGGAUCGCCGUCGACAUUCACCGGAUAGAAGACGGGAUCGUCGUUAA